AUGGGGCAAUCUGGAUCCUUACCGAGUCAGAAUAACGGUAGAGAAGCAUUAAGAGGAAGAAGUCAAGAAUUUGAAAGAAAUAAUGAAACUGGAGGGGUGGAUAAUUCACGACCCCGAAACUUGUGGGAUCGAUUGUCUUCAGUAAGUCAUCUGCUGGGUUGGAGCCGAGAAAAGCGUCGUCCUAGUCUACGAGAUGAACGAAGAAAUAAUGCAUCGAUUGUAGAAAAUACUCAUCAACAGAAUCCGACGUGGAUCAAUUCAGCGAACGAUCGCCGCGAAAGGCGUCCAUCAAUACGAUCUCUAAGUCCUAGAGCUGACCCAGGUUCAACGCGAACGAGGGAAAAUUUAGAGCAUAAUAUAGAGGAUGGCGAUGCUUCCCGAUUAUCGGCUUUUCAAAUAGCUCAACGAGAGUUUGAACGUGCGGAGAGGCAAUUUCGCUCAAGUAUAGCGGCUUUACAUGGAUUUAGUCUGGAUCAGGGCAACCAAAGUACAAGAGGAGAAAAUAUUUCUUCUUCGAAUGCUGCUGAAAUAAACAACUCGACAGACGGUCAUGAUACGAGCCAUGCACUUCAUCAUGAAGAAUUAAGCGAACGAUCUAAUGCUCAUGUCGAUGAUAUUAAUAUGGAAAAUUAUACUAGAAGUGUUAUGAAUUAUCUCAAUAUGCAUGAAAACCAACAAGAACGAGUACCGGUCCAAAAUGACGGUCAAUUGGCCAUGCUGUCGAGGUUCAUAUUCUCAGUUGCAUCCGGUUGGGUAACAGUCUUAAUGAACUCUUCCACUGUUCAUAGAGAAAACCCAAUGCAGACGCCGUUAACUUCAGAGGAAAGGCCGAAUUCUGGAAACGAGUCGUUUGAAGAAUUUCUUACCCUGCUGCGUUCCGGUCAGUUGAUGGAAGCGAUGCACCCCGAGAACAAUACACAUCACGAAGAAAUAGAUGAAGACGUGUCUUCGAUCAACUUGUUUCGAACGUUUCGAUUUGAUUCGCUUCACAGGAACCACGAGGGUCAAGUAGUUAUCCCAAUCAUCAUAGUUGGAAUCCGUAGUUUACGACCGAACACAAAUGAGGAGGAUGAUGGUCAAAAUCAAGAACCUCAAAACCUAAUGCAUCCCUCAGAUUUCCUUUCUUCUAUGGCGAAUGACUCUCAAAAUAUGUCAUCUCUAUCGGAUCAGUCGAAUGAUUCUGAAAAUAUAAGAAAUGAACAAGAAUGUGCGCCGACGGAUUUACCGACUGCUUCCAAUCAACAGGGGGCACCUAUUUCAUCUUUGGAUGAUUACGACGGCCACAGCCAUGUAUCGGCAGAGCAUGCGCAACCUAGAAGCUGGGCGAUUUAUGUCCGGGAGGCUUUUCUUCCCGAAAACCAUCCGGUUUUGCGUGCACCAUCGUUGUUUACGGAUUCACCUACGUAUGAGGAUAUGUUGCUUUUGAAUUCGAUCAUUGGAAGUGUAAAGCCUCCAGUUGCGGUGCAAAAAGACCUUGACCGAGCAGGAGGGAUUUUUCCCAUGAUGGAGCCGGACGACAGAUGUUUGGUUUGUUUAUCGGAUUAUGAGCAAGGAGACGAAUGUCGUCGCUUGUUGAGCUGCGACCACUUCUUUCAUCGAGAGUGUAUUGACAAAUGGCUACUUUCGAGUCAGAACUCUUGCCCGUUGUGCCGAGCCAAGGGUGUUGCAUCGGAAGCGGUCGCCUUUUGA